AUGGCGUCCGACCAACUCAUACCACGAGGAGCUCUCCUCCUCCCCUCUCUCUUGCUCCUCCUCUGCGUCAUUGUCACGGACGAAUGCCGGCUGUUCAAGCUCCACAGCAGCCAGAGACUUGCAAAGCACCUCGUCUCUACAAGGUACCGACCCACCGAUGGCUUGCUCGCAACUGCUCUACUUCCCCCGCUUGUCAACCGGCUGAGAGGAGCUUAUGAUCACGAGGAGGAUGAGUCGGAUUUUCCGCUCACGGAGUUCAAGGUGGAGGACACUACAAUCUUUCAGCGGCAGGUUCUGCUCAACUUUCCCAAGACCCUCAGGCUGAGAGGGCAGAUGCUGCUGUUCGAAGGGAGGGAGGAGGAGGGGGAUCAGCUGAAGUUGCGGCUUGCCGUCAGCCCGAGCGACACAUUCCUGAGCUUGUCAACAAGAGUGGUGGAGAGGCUCAGGGAGGAGUUGAGGAAGGAGGACCCGGUGGUUGUGGCGCUGAACGAUACGGGUGGUAUCUGUGAAGACGAGAUCUUCUUCUCUCUGAACAGGAUGAGUCGUUUUGCUGCCAACUCGACGUUUGCGGAUGCUGGGGUGAUGGACGGCGACAUGCUCUGGGUCCAUGGGAGCGAGGAGGGAGAGAUUGGAGUCGCGGGUGAGAAGCUCGAAUUGGACGAUUCUGAAUCGAAGAGGGACAGUGCGGACGAUCUUGGCAUCAACACAACGCAAAUCAGAGAGCUGUUGCUGCAAGACGAUGUUGAUGUCGAGUUCAGGGAUGGAUCCAAGAUUCCAAGUGUGAACGUUGAUCUCUUGCAAAGCCUUGACGAUGGAGAGCUUGGCAACUGGACUUGGGACGAGGAAGCGCAUCAAGCGGGAGUUCUGUACGGCAAGACGGUGGAAGGCGAAUCAGUGAGGGUGAGGGAGAGGGUUUGA